AUGGGUGGUCAGGGGGUGUGGUGGGCUCUUCUACAAGACAUUACUUUCAACAACAGCCACAUAACGUUUAGGGCAAAGAUGCAGACAAACGUAUAGUUCAGGCUCGGAUAGAAGAGAGGCAAGAAUUGCUUGAAACGGAGAAGAAUCCGUCAUCAGCGUGUCCUUUUGGACAUUAUUCAUAGGUGUGAAGAUGCGGCUUCCAUGUGUCACUGUUUUUCUUCUCACGGUCUCUUUGAGCAUUGACAAGAGCACAGCUAAGGGAGGUUGCUCGGGGUCUUCAUGUGGUGGAUGUGACUGCAGUGGUGUUAAAGGGGCGAAGGGUGAGGUUGGGCUCCCUGGUUUGAUGGGCCUUGUCGGAUUUCCUGGAUUGCCAGGUCACGAGGGCCCCACAGGGCCAAUGGGACCAAAGGGAGAUGCAGGGGAGCCAGGAGCUCCAGGAAUGAAAGGAAACAGAGGCCCACCUGGUGUGGCAGGUUUCCCAGGACGUCCAGGUAUUCCAGGUCUUCCAGGUCUAGAAGGUGCACCUGGACCUCAAGGAAUUCCAGGCUGCAAUGGAACCAAGGGGGAUCGUGGUUUUGACGGAAUUCCAGGUGUUCCGGGGGUGCAGGGACCACCAGGUAUUCCAGGUUUGAAGGGAAUAAAGGGAGAUCCAGGUGGUGUUAUUGGAGUACCCAUCCCUCAAAAAGGAGACAGGGGCUUGCCAGGACAACCCGGUUCACCAGGGCAAAAAGGAAAUCCUGGACAACAAGGGCCAUUCGGCCCACCUGGACCAAUUGGACCUCCUGGAAGGCCUGGUGAACCUGGUCAAAAGGGAGAGCCGGGUGACAAGCUGACAUUUCAGGGUGAGAAAGGAGAUAAGGGAGAGCGAGGUUUAACCGGUCCCCCUGGUCCACCAGGGAGACAUGAAGAAGCUGGAGGCCCUGGCACAACAAUUUAUGUUCCUGGACCGCCGGGUGAAAUAGGCUCUACAGGAGAGAAAGGAGAAAAAGGUUUUUGUGCACCACAUUAUGCUGGAGUCAAAGGUGAACCAGGACCACCAGGACCAACAGGGAAACCAGGCAAAGAUGGACAGAGUGGAGAAAAGGGGGAAAGGGGCUUGUCUGGUCCUCCUGGGUUUAAUGGCUUGAAGGGUGACAAAGGAGAAAGAGGACCACCAGGAUAUGGUUUUGGUCCUCCUGGCCCUCCUGGUCCUCCUGGCCCCCGCGGAGCAGAAGGAGAGACAGGUUAUCCAGGAGAGCGUGGAAAUCCUGGUCCCCCAGGCGGAGAUAGGGAGGGUCCUCCUGGACCUCGUGGCUUACCGGGAGAGAUUGGCCAGAAGGGAGAUAAAGGAGCUGAUGGAGUGUCUCUUAAAGGUUCACAAGGAGCUGAUGGACAACCCGGCCCACCCGGCCAACCAGGGCCGAUCAAUGAAGACUGUAAUAUUGAAAGAGGACCUCCAGGCCCUCCGGGACCUCCAGGAUUGCAAGGAGAGGUGGGACAGAAAGGUGAUCAAGGCGAAACAUGCACACAGUGCACUGGUUUAGGGCCCCCGGGUUUGCCUGGUCCUCAGGGGCCAAAGGGACAGCAAGGUUUUCCUGGACAAGCUGGGAGUAAAGGAGAGAAGGGUGUGCCAGGACCUUCUGGACCUGCUGGAAAUCCUGGUCAAGAUGGCUCUCCGGGUUUAAUUGGUGACCCUGGUGCUCAGGGUGAGCCUGGUGAUGUCUUUGUGGCUCCAGGGUAUAAAGGAGAUAAGGGUUUACCUGGUGCUACUGGAGACAGAGGAUUCCCAGGUAUUGAUGGGCUACCAGGAAAAGAUGGCCGACCAGGGCAACCUGGAGCCAAGGGAGAACCUGCUAGAGUUGGUAUUAAGGGUGAUCGUGGCCUGGAUGGAGAUCGUGGUAUCAUCGGCCCCCCAGGUGAAAGAGGUCCCCCAGGUUUCCCAGGCAUAGGACGGCCAGGUGAACCUGGUGAAAAAGGCUUUGCAGGGUUGCCUGGUGCACCAGGGAGGCCAGGAUUACCAGGAAGUAAAGGCGAUGCUGGUAAAAUAUUAAGUCUUCCUGGACCUCAGGGUGCCCCAGGGCCUCGUGGAGAGACUGGCAGACCUGGUCUUCAAGGUGAUAGAGGACUUCCAGGUGAACGUGGAGUUCAAGGAUUUCCAGGAAACAAAGGCGAACCUGGACUGCCAGGAAUUGGACUCCCUGGGCCUCCAGGGCCAAAAGGAUACUCUGGGAUUCCAGGUCCCAGUGGAAUUCCAGGAGAGCCUGGUCAACCAGGUCAGGAUGGCUUGCCUGGUCGUGCAGGGACACCUGGGCAAAAAGGUGAACCUGGCAGGGGUCUUCCUGGUCCUAAGGGUGCUAUAGGUCAGCCAGGACUCCCAGGAUUUCCAGGGGAAAAGGGUAAUCCUGGAAUGACAGGGGUUCCUGGAACUGAUGGGCGUACUGGGCCACCUGGACCUCAAGGAAUCAAAGGUAACCUUGGACCACCUGGAGUUCAUGGUCCAGUGGGGCCGCCAGGUCCUCCAGGACUUGGAGAACCUGGACCACCUGGACCAAUGGGACCACCUGGAGGCCCUGGACCCCUUGGUCAGAUUGGUAUAAAGGGUGAGAAAGGUUAUCAAGGUCUACCUGGUCUGGACAUGCCUGGACCUCCAGGAGACAGGGGUAGCCCUGGUGUCCCAGGUCUACCAGGACCUAAGGGUUUUUCUGGUCAACCAGGACUUCCUGGAAAAGAUGGCUUCCCUGGUGAACGUGGUCCAAAAGGAGAAAUUGGAAUCAUGGGAAUGACAGGACCCCCUGGAUUUCCAGGUUCCAUUGGAAACCCUGGAGAACCUGGACAAAGAGGUGACCCUGGUUUGAUUGGGGUCAGGGGAGAGUUUGGUGAUCCAGGUCCCAAGGGUGAGAGAGGAGAGCAAGGUCUACAGGGGCCACCUGGUAACAUGAGUGAUGUGGAUAUGGGGCACUUGAAAGGAGACAAAGGAGACAUCGGAGACAGAGGUGAUCCUGGUCCUGCUGGAUCACCGGGGUUCCCUGGAACACCUGGAGACCCUGGAAUGCCAGGAAAAGAUGGAAUGCCAGGAUCACCCGGACAGCCAGGUGAUAAAGGAGACCCUGGAAUCCCUGGGGAGCCAGGACGUAUUGGAGACCCUGGAGACAAAGGUCCAAGAGGAGACAUGGGAUACCCAGGUUCAAUGGGGCCAAAAGGUGUUAAAGGUGUUGGUGGGUCACCGGGUCACCCUGGGUUUAAGGGUCUUGAUGGCCCCAAAGGAGAGAAAGGAGAUCCUGGUGCAGCAGGAAUAGGAAUCCCUGGUCCCCCUGGAGCGAAGGGAAAUGUAGGCGCCCCUGGUUUCCCUGGUGAACCUGGACCGAAGGGAGAGAAGGGAAUAAUGGGUAUCCCAGGAACUCCUGGAACUCAAGGACUUAAAGGAGACACAGGAUUUAUUGGUUACCCAGGCAGUCCAGGGAAGCCAGGUGAGAAAGGUGUCAGUGGUUUGCCAGGGUCCCCAGGAGAUCCUGGGCUAUCAGGACGUCCAGGUGAGCCUGGUCUGCAGGGUCCUCCAGGUCCACAUGGUGACAAAGGUGAAGCAGGGGUAGAUGGCAUUCCUGGAUUCACUGGAGAGAGAGGAGAACCUGGUAUACCUGGGAAAGGACUGCCAGGAACCCGUGGAGAGCCUGGCAGGAAAGGUGACAAAGGCAACCCUGGUCUUCCUGGCAUUCCUGGGAGUCCAGGUAUCCCUGGAACCAAAGGUGAGAAAGGUCUGCAAGGUCUCCAAGGGGACCUAGGUCGGCCUGGAGAGAGAGGACUUGCAGGAACACCCAUGGAGGGGCCUAAAGGGGACAGGGGACCUCAGGGGCAGCCAGGAGAAAAAGGUGCAACUGGUCUUCCAGGCCAACCUGGCAUACCAGGCAGUGCUGGAUCUAAAGGAGAAAAGGGAGAUGUGGGCUACCCUGGCCCAGCAGGCUCUCAAGGGUAUAAAGGAGACAAAGGUUUCACUGGUGGUCCUGGUGAGCCUGGAUUGCCUGGUUAUAAUGGACCAAAGGGUGAGAUGGGACCACAGGGUGUUCCUGGUUUCCCUGGUAUAAAAGGUGAGCAAGGAGUGCUUGGUCCUAAAGGUGAAGGAGGUGAUAGAGGAUUCCCAGGUGUCAAAGGUAGCGAAGGCCCCCCUGGACCCCCUGGACCGCAUACUCUUGUAAAGGGAGAUCCUGGUUAUCCAGGACCACAGGGUCCCCAAGGUCCAGCUGGAAUCCAAGGCUUCCCUGGAGCGAAAGGACAACAAGGUGUGAUGGGACCUCAGGGUUUAAAAGGUUCUGAUGGGACACCUGGCUAUAAUGGAUUUCCUGGAGCCAAAGGAGAGCCUGGACAGACGGGACCCUCUGGUCCCAGAGGGUACCCUGGACCCCCAGGGCCUGAUGGUAUCCCAGGUCACAUCGGCCCUCCUGGCCCUUCCUCAAUGGACCAUGGCUUCCUUGUAACCCGCCACAGUCAGACUGUUGAUGUUCCACAAUGUCCAGAUGGAACAACGCUGAUCUAUGAUGGAUAUUCGUUGCUUUAUGUCCAGGGCAACGAGAGGUCACAUGGGCAAGACCUAGGUACAGCUGGUAGCUGUCUAAGGAAGUUCAGCCCAAUGCCUUUCCUUUUCUGCAACAUCAACAACGUAUGUAACUUUGCAUCUCGUAAUGACUAUUCUUACUGGCUCACCUCUCCUGAGCCCAUGCCCAUGAGCAUGGCCCCUGUUACCGGUCAGAGCAUCAAACCUUUCAUCAGCAGAUGUGCAGUUUGUGAGGCUCCUGCUAUGGUGAUAGCUGUGCACAGUCAGACCAUCAGGAUCCCAGCCUGUCCUCGUGGUUGGGAUUCUCUCUGGAUCGGAUACUCUUUCGUCAUGCACACCAGUGCUGGUGCUGAGGGCUCCGGUCAGGCUCUGGCCUCUCCUGGCUCUUGUCUGGAAGAAUUCCGCUCGGCUCCCUUCAUCGAGUGUCAUGGUCGUGGCACCUGCAACUACUAUGCUAAUUCCUACAGCUUCUGGUUAGCCACCAUAGAGGACAGUGAUAUGUUUACGAAACCUGUCCCAACAACACUAAAAGCUGGGAAUCUACGAACUCACAUCAGCAGGUGUCAAGUGUGCAUGAAGAGGGUAUAGAGAAGCCUCAGCAUUGCAUCUUCUCUUUAUGUUCCAGUUUUACGAACGAACGACAAAUGUACGGUGCUACUUCUAUGAAAAGCCAUAGAAAAAAAACUUCAAGAACACAUAUAGAAAAAUACCUGUCUCAACGUUUAUAGCAAUGGAACCUCAAGAUCUACUGGCACAUUUGCUUCAUACCGAGCGCUUAACUAACAUUGUUCCAUUGUGUCUAAUGAAUGACACCUGUUUACACUUGCACUGAGUAUAUGUAUUAGUAAGCAGGUAACCUUCUUCAACAAGAGUCCAUAUAUGGAUCGGAUGCAAUUCCGUACAAGCCUUCUUACAUUUUUCAACUUUAUUUAUCAUGACACUCAACAAUAUCAGAUGCAGAUAUCUUGUUUAUUUCUCUCUAAAACAUAUAAUCAAGCAACACUAACAUUAUAGAUUUGGAUAGUUAUUUUUUCUUACUUCACUGUCAGUAAGUUUGUCAGCACCCUCUUUGUAUGAUGUAGGAAAGAUCCAGCUUUGUUGUAAAUAUAGUGCUCUAUUUAGUAACUUAACACUCUGUCACCAUAAUCUCUUCAGGUAAAUGCCAUUGAUUUUGUUAUACUUAAUUAUUUAUGAAAACUUAUAAGACGAGAGUUUAAGCACCAAGGGGCCUUUCCUUUCUACAUUGAUUUCUUUGUUAACCACUGCAAAAGACCUUCAUGGCACAUAAACUGUAAUAUUCUGCACUGUUUUUUUUUUUUCAGCAUGUGGUCUUUCGACUGAAACCUGCCAUGUUUGAAUCCGCAUUUUGAUGUGUAUUUUUGUUAAUGUGUGCUUGCGGCUGGGCCUGGUCCACUUUCCUUUUGGUGCAGAAAGGUUGUCAUUACUCUUAUGUAAUGGCACAGUUUCAGUCUCAAGCUGUGUUAGAAAUCGCCUCUUAUACCCUCAUUCACAAUACCCUACAUUAAUUACUUUUGAUGGAGUGAAUGAAAAUGAGUGAGAGAAUUCGGACAAUGAGUGAGCCGGAAGGGCUGCCGCUUUUGCAUAGUUUGUGCUUGAUGUUUAAUAAUCAUUUGAAUCCGUCAGCUCCAGUAGUAAGAUGAAAAGAUUUAUUUUGAACUCUCUCAUGGAAGCUAGCAUGUACAAACAAAUGAAUAAUCAAAUAAAAAGGAAUUUACACAUG